CUUUCUUGUGAUUUACUUGCAGGCAAGCCUAGUGGUGGUGGUGGUUACGGUGACGGUGGUGGUGGUUAUGGUGGUAACGCAGGUCCAGCAGGUCCACCUGGUUCUCAAGGUGGAAAUGGUCGUCCAGGUAAACCUGGUCCUGCAGGCCAACCUGGUCAUGACGGAAUUCCUGGCCUUCCCGGUUCUCCUGGCCCUACUGGUAAUCGUGGCCCUGCCGGUUUACCUGGCCCAGAUGGUGCUCCUGGCGUUGUAGGACCUGCAAGUCCUGUAGGUCCUGGAGGUCCUCCAGGUCCUGCAGGUCCCACUGGUUCCCCAGGUUCUAAAGGUGUUCCUGGAGAUAAAGGCCCUGCAGGCGGGGUAGGUGGUAAAGGUGCUGUAGGUGAUAAAGGUAUGCCAGGUGAUACAGGUCCUGCAGGUCCGGUAGGUCCUACAGGCCCUGCAGGUCCUAAAUGUGCUGCAGGUCCUGCAGGUCUUCCAGGUUCUAAAGGUAUGCAAGGUGAAACAGGACCUGUAGGUCCUGCAGGUGCUAAAGGUAUGACAGGUAAUGCAGGUCCCACAGGUCCCACGGGUCCUGCAGGUGCUGAAGGCCCGGCUGGUGCUGCAGGUCCCACAGGUGAUAAAGGUUUAAUAGGAGAUAAAGGUUCUGCAGGUGAAGUAGGCCCUGCAGGUCCUGCAGGUGAUAAAGGUAUGACAGGUAAUACAGGUCCUACAGGCCCUACAGGCCCUCAAGGUCCUGUUGGUGAUAAAGGCAUGACGGGCAUGAAAGGCAUGUAAGGGGAUAAUGGUGGCAAAGGCAUGCAAGGGGAUAAAGGUGAUAAAGGUGAUGUAGGUGAUAAAGGUGUUAAAGGUGAUAAAGGUGGCGUAGGUGAUAAAGGUGGUGAAGGUGAUAA